CCUCCCUGUAUAAAUGAUGUAGCCAAUAACCCAGAACAAAGACACAGAAACACCAAUUAACGCAGAAUUGAAGUAGCAAAAGUUGAGAGAUAAUGGCAGAAGUGAAGAUCCUAGGUCACUGGGCAAGCCCAUUUAGCGCAAGUGUUGAGAUUGCUCUCAAACUGAAGGGAGUUGAAUAUGAAUUCAUACAAGAAGAUCUAUCCAACAAGAGCCCCUUGCUUCUCAAAUCCAACCCUGUCCACAAGAAAGUUCCUGUCCUCCUGCACAACGGAAACCCACUACCUGAGUCUCUCAUAAUCGUCGAGUAUAUCGACGAGACUUUCCCGGGCACUCCCAUUUUGCCUAAAGAUCCUUAUGAGAAAGCCAUGGCUCGUUUCUGGACUAAGUUCAUAGACGACAAGUUCUUUUCUGCGGCCAGGAAAGCACUGUUUAUCAAAGGCGAAGAGCAAGAGAAGGGAAAAGAGGAAACUUGUGAGGCUCUGAAAAUUCUGGACAGUGAACUCAAGAACAAGAAGUUCCUUGGAGGGGAGACGUUCGGACUUGCAGAUUUAGCCGCCAAUUUCAUCGCCUUAUGGAUGGGAGUUUUUGAAGAAGUUAUAGGGGUGGAUUUGGGCGUGACCGAAGAAAAAUUCCCUCAUUUAUAUCGGUGGAAACAGGAUUUUCUCAACUGUGAUGUAAUUAAGGAGACCUUUCCUCCCAGAGAUAAACUUGUUGCCCUCUACAACAAGAGAUUCAACCCAGAAGCGGCAAGUGCUACUCAGUAAUUUGCUAUGCAUUUUGCGUUUUGUUUUGUUUUGUUUUUUUUUUUAGUGCAAUCUGCUUGCGUAAAGUUGUGUACUAUUCUAGUUUUAUUUCUGUUGUAAUAAGGUAAUGUUUAUGUGUCAUCUAUGUUGCAACUCUUGUUUGGUUAUUUUAAUAAAAUAAUAAGUGGAUCUUGGCAUUUUUUC